AUGGCGGCGGCGAGGGUUGGACAGCGUUGUCCGGCGUGGAUGCGUGGCGCGUCAAGGAGGUCAACGAAGUCUGCUCCAUGGCGGUCCCACGCAGGUACAUACUCCUCGCGGUGCCUUGCCCGUCUGCCCUCUGACUCCAUCGCUGCAUGGACAGGAUGGCCGCCACAUGACGGGAUGUUGGAGGCGGCGUUGGCCAUCAGACCAGGCGCACGUGGUGGUGUUGGCCGGCGGCCUGGACUAGCGGAUUCGUCGCAUACCCUGCAGGAUUGGCGAUUAUCCAUUUACAAAGCUGAUUAUUUACCUCAACCCCUGAUCUCCAUUGAUGGAUUCUUCUUCGUCAUGGGUCAGGCCCAAUCUCUCUUCCGCUCAAGAUUAUCGAAUUCCCUAAUUCCCAUGUGA